AUGGGAAAUGAUACCUACUUUGUACAUGUAGAUGAUGCAGUUGAAGUGCAAGCAGAGCUCCAGAAUAUGAGGCUGAGGGUAGACAAUCAAGAUCCUAUAGAUGCAACCGUAGGAGACGAAUUACCCAUACAUCCUUACCAUGUGAUGGCUUGGAAAUAUGAUUAUGACAUUGGUCGGGGUUUGAAGUUUGUGGUGUAUUCUAUGGAGGCAAUGAUGCAUCACAUGUUGAUAGUACCCAUGGUUGGAGCACUUGCUCACUACACUUACAUUCCUACUGGGAAGGAGCAACAGGAUAAGCAUGGAGGUGGUAUCAACAUGAGUGGAUCAAAUCAAGAGGGCAAUGUCGAGGACAAUUCACUUAUCCUUGAUUUUUAUGUUUGCUUUCUUUGUGUUUUAUACUAUGGUUAUUUUUAUUUGGUGUUUUGGGAUUGA